UGGGCCUGACGUAACUACCGGUUAGAGCCUCGCCUCCUCGCGGCCUAGCCUCAGGGUCUGUAGCUCCAGUCUGUCCUUCCUCUUCCCCGCCCUGGUGGUGCUGAUCGGAGCUGCGAACAUGGCUAAGCAGGUUAUCAAAUGCAAGGCUGCAGUUGCUUGGGAGGCUGGAAAGCCUCUUUCCAUUGAGGAGAUCGAGGUAGCACCCCCAAAGGCUCACGAAGUUCGCAUUAAGAUCAUUGCCACUGCAGUUUGCCACACUGAUGCGUAUACCUUGAGUGGAGCUGAUCCUGAGGGGUGUUUUCCAGUAAUCUUGGGACAUGAGGGUGCUGGGAUUGUGGAAAGUGUUGGUGAAGGAGUUACUAAAUUUAAGGCAGGUGAUACUGUCAUCCCACUUUAUAUCCCACAAUGUGGGGAAUGCAAAUUUUGUCUAAAUCCAAAAACAAACCUUUGCCAGAAGAUAAGAGUCACUCAGGGGAAAGGAUUAAUGCCAGAUGGUAGUAGCAGAUUUACUUGCAAAGGAAAGACCAUUUUACACUAUAUGGGAACAAGCACGUUUUCUGAAUACACUGUUGUUGCUGAUAUCUCCGUUGCUAAAAUAGAUCCUGUGGCACCUUUGGAUAAAGUCUGCCUUCUUGGUUGUGGUAUUUCAACUGGUUAUGGUGCUGUUGUAAACACCGCCAAGGUGGAGCCUGGCUCUACUUGUGCUGUCUUUGGCCUGGGAGGAGUUGGAUUGGCAGUUAUCAUGGGCUGUAAAGUAGCUGGUGCAUCACGGAUCAUUGGUAUAGACAUCAAUAAAGACAAAUUUACAAGGGCCAAAGAAUUUGGAGCCUCCGAAUGUGUUAAUCCCCAGGACUUCAGUAAACCCAUCCAAGAGGUACUCAUUGAGAUGACUGAUGGAGGAGUGGACUAUUCCUUUGAGUGUAUUGGUAAUGUUAAGGUCAUGAGAGCAGCACUUGAGGCAUGCCACAAAGGCUGGGGUGUUAGCGUGGUGGUUGGAGUAGCUGCUGCAGGUGAAGAAAUUGCCACUCGUCCCUUCCAGCUGGUGACAGGUCGCACAUGGAAAGGCACUGCCUUUGGAGGAUGGAAGAGCAUAGAAAGUGUUCCAAAGUUGGUGUCUGAAUAUAUGUCCAAAAAGAUAAAAGUGGAUGAAUUUGUGACUGGCAAUCUGUCCUUUGACCAAAUUAAUGAGGCCUUUGAACUGCUGCAUUCAGGGAAGAGCAUUCGAACUGUUGUAAAGAUUUAAAUUGGAGAGGAAAAAUAUCUCCAUCUGUACCCAAGUUUUGUGAUUUGAUAGGAGCAGCCUGACAGACAUGGAGAUCCUCCAAGUUUACAGCCCCCAAGACUUGCAGUUACUAGUCCAGGGAAUCAUGUUAUAUGUGUAGUUCAUUCUUGUGUCAGUAAUCAAGGACAUCGCUUCUUCCAGUCACAGAUCUCUAGACUGUACUUUUCACAUAAGCAUUUCAAGCUCAUUAUGAGGAAUAUUGGAAUAUAAUAAAAUAAUUUCU